AUGUCUUCUCCCAAGGUCUGGCUCAUUACGGGCGCCUCGCGCGGCUUGGGAUUUGAACUUGCCAAGGCUGCUGCGAAAGCAGGACAUGUUGUCGUGGCAGGCCGACGAAGUUCCAAGCCAACUCCCCAAACUGCUGAGAUUGAAAACCUCGGCGGCACGUGGGUGGACCUGGACAUGACGUCUAAAGACAUUGAGGCCACCAUAGCGGCUGUCAAAGAUCGCCAGGGGAAGAUAGACGUGGUCAUCAACAAUGCUGGAUACGGCCUUGGCGGGACUGCCGAGGAUAUUAAGUUGGCUGCCCCCUUCGUUGCGGAUCGACCCAGAGCUAACCUAACCAGCAUCGAGGCAAUCCGAGACGUUUUUGAGGUGAAUGUUCUCGGCCCUAUUCGAGUCUGCCGCGCCGUGACUCCGGUGAUGCGCAGCCAGGGCGGCGGUACCAUUGUCAAUGUUAGCAGCGUGGACGGAUUCCUAAGUCCUCCAGGAAUAACUGCGUAUUCCGCCACAAAGCAUGCUCUUGAGGGUUUCACCGAGGGCUUUGCCCCAGAGGUUGAGCCCUUCAAUAUCCGUACACUGAUCGUUGACCCUGGUACCAUGACGACCGAGUUUGUGGACACGGCGGGAUCAGGAGUGACUGUCCCUGUCAGCGAGCCAUACAAGGGCACGGUAGCGGAUAAAAUUCUUGGUUAUGUGGUGGACGAUGAGCGGGUUCAGCAGCAGGGUGCCAGCCCUCAGCUUUCGGCAGCUCGCAUUGUCGAGGCGGUUGAUCGGACUGGCAUGUUUGCAGAGCGGGAUAUUGGCUUGAGGCUUCCACUAGGGAAGGACACACAGAGGAUCCUGGAAUGGGGGAAGAAUCUGGUCAAGGAGAUCGAAGGCUUGCAGGAUGUAGCUUUGAGCGUUCACACCCAGUGA